CUGAUUGCAUGACUCGGUGCAUUUCUAUCCAACCGCCACCAUGAAGCUGUGUUUCGUUACUGUGGGCGCUACGGCUUCGUUUGAGAAGCUAAUCCAGCAAGUGCUUUCUCCGCAAUUCCUGGAGACCUUGGCCAAACGCCAGUACACCCAUCUUCUCAUUCAGUACGGCAAAGGUGGCAGUCAAACAUUCGAAAUCUUCGCAAAUGGCGAGCAAUCGCACCAUGGCCUCAUCAUCGGUGGCUUCGACUCCAAGCCAAGCAUCGAUAGGGAAUUGAUGAAGACCAAGAAACGGGAUGACCAGGAGCUUGGUCUAAUCAUCAGUCAUGCCGGCACUGGAACUAUUCUUGCAGCCCUGCGCUUGGGCGUGCCCUUGAUCGUUGUUCCGAACCCCGACCUUGCUGAUAACCACCAGCAAGAGCUUGCUCAAAUUCUGAAUGAGCAGAAAUAUGUGGUCAGCAGCUCUGUCCAGGAAAUUGGGACUGCCAUUGCCCGUGCCGAGCUUCAGAAAUCUGAGGUAUUUGAUUCACAUCCUGAAAGAAAGGAUGAACUCGCAGGUUUCAUGUCUGACGAACUGGGUUUUCUGGAUUAAGAGUUCCCUUGUGCAGGCUCUUUUGGCCUAAUUUGCGACAUGUCAGUGUCGCCUAAGAUUGCGUUUCUUGCUCGGCGUUGUGGUUUUUAUGAUUUACGGUUGGAAUUUGCAUAGG